AGAGAAUGCUAUCCCUGCACGGGACAUCAUCCUAACUUCCCACUGAAAUACUUAAAAAGAUCGCCACCUCGUAUAAAAUAUUAAAUUGAUCAAUUUUAAAAUUCUACAUUUAAUCGUACCAAAUUGUCUAGUAAUUUUGCUUUGCUCUGCCUAAUGAAUUUGGUUAUUUCCAUCGCCUCGAUCGAAUCCAGUAGCGAAGAAAAAUUCACAUCCAGAGCUGUUACUACACUUAAUUUCCUGAAAAUUUAUGCAUCGUUUGAAUUAUUGAAACUUUAGACUGUGUACUUUGGUGGGCUCUAAUCUUUUUCCUGGUUAACAAUAGUUGAUCACAAUGGGUCCGGCUAUGAAUUUUCAGGUAGUAAUUUUAGCAGGUGGUACGUCAAAAAAGCUCUUCCCUCUUGUCUCUAAGGAUGUUCCCAAAGCCUUAUUACCAGUGGCAAAUCGACCCGUACUGUCCUAUGUUCUGGAGCUUUUGGAGGCCAGCAAUCUCAAGGAUCUCAUUGUGGUGGUGGCAGGUCAAGAUGCAGCAGUCCGAGUUGGUGGCUGGAUUUCUGAAGCUUAUCAUGAUCGCCUUCAUGUUGAGGUAGCUGCUGUCUCAGAGGAUGUUGGUACAGCAGGUGCCCUUCGGGCAGUUGCACACCACCUUACUGCAGAUGAUAUCCUGGUGGUAAGUGGCGAUCUUGUUUGUGAUGUGCAACCUGGAGCUGUUGCAGCCACCCACAGGAGACAAGAAGCAAAUUUAACUGCCCUUUUGUGCACUCCUCCAGCUGUUGGGCCAUCUGAAGCUGGAUCCUCUGCAGGUGGAAAGGAUAAAGCCAAGAGGUCUGGACUUGUUAAUAUUAUUGGGCUGGACUCUACUCAUCAAUUUUUACUGUUUGUAGCUUCAGGUGAGAAAGAUUUGCACAUCCAGCGCUCUAUUCUUCGUACCACAGGCCAGAUGGAAAUUCGUUCUGACCUUGUUGAUGCACAUUUAUAUGCUUUUAGGAGAACUGUACUGCAGGAAACAUUGGAACGAAUGCCUGCAAUUCGUAGUAUAAAGGAUGAGCUAGUACCGUACCUUGUCAGGUCACAGCUGAGAUGCGGAGUAUCAUCAAGCAAUAAGAUACAGAAAGAGGAAAUGAGAAAUGAAAGCGAUGCUUUGCAGAAAAAUGAUUCAUGGCCAUUUAAUCAACCAAUGGCUGGUGUCCUAGGAUCACAUCCUUUUUCUUUGGGUGUCUUUGGUCAGAAGUCUGGUGGAGGUACCCUAAAAUGUUGUGCAUAUAUCGCUAACAACGAUAAAUACUGUGCUCGAUUAAAUUCUAUUCAGGCCUUUGGUGACAUAAAUAGAGAUGUCGUGGGAGAGGCCACUCAUCUUACAGGUUACACAGUAUCCACUCACAACAACAUUGUUCAUCCCUCAGCAGAACAUGGUGCUAAAACUACAAUUGGGCCACACUGUAUGCUUGGAGAAGGGUCUCAAAUGGGUGACAAAUGUAGUGUCAAACGGUCUAUUGUUGGGCGCCAUUGCCGAAUUGGUUCAAAUGUAAAGAUUGUUAAUUCAGUCGUAAUGAACCAUGUAACAAUUGAGGAUGGAUGCCUCAUUCAAGGAUCAGUAGUCUGCAGUAAUGUGCACCUUCAAGAACGAGUCAUGAUAAAGGAUUGUCAGAUAGGAGCAGGAUAUUUCAUUGCAUCUGGUAUGGAGCACCGAUCAGAGGCCUUAGCAAAAAAAUAGAGAACAUGAUGCACUUAAGCUAGUUCUUUGCCAGCAAUUAUCCUGAAUGUUGGAGCAAUUUAGUCAACGGGGUUCAAUUACGUCAGAUGUGACAAUACUUAUCUUGUUUCUUGGUGUUGGAAAGAAAAUGCCGAGAUCCAAAAGCUUAAACUUGAUCUGUUUUCAAUUAUUUAUUAUUUUAAUGCUAUACAAAUUAGAAAAUAUAAUAUGAGGUAGUCUGAGAUGACCAUUUAAAGAAACACUUUUCUUUGGCAACUUUCAAUGCUAACUUUUAGCAUA